GGCGGAGGCAGCGCGCGCCGGCCGUAGCUGAGCGGGCGCAGGCGCGGGGGGCGGCGGCGCGGGGGAGGCGCGGGGUCUCGGAGCGAGCGCGGCCCGCCGGGCGCCUCCGACCCGGCCCAGCCGACGGACGGACGGACUCGCGCGGACGCGGCCCCUCCCUGCCGCCGCCCGCCCGCGCGCCCGCCCGGGGCGCCCACCUCGCCGGCGCCGGGCCCGGGAGCGAUGACAUCGACGGGGAAGGACGGCGGCGGGGCGCAGCACGCGCAGUAUGUGGGGCCCUACCGGCUGGAGAAGACGCUGGGCAAGGGGCAGACAGGCCUGGUGAAGCUGGGGAUCCACUGUGUCACGUGCCAGAAGGUGGCCGUCAAGAUCGUCAACCGGGAGAAGCUCAGCGAGUCUGUACUGAUGAAGGUGGAGCGGGAGAUCGCGAUCCUGAAGCUGAUCGAGCACCCCCACGUCCUCAAACUGCACGACGUCUAUGAAAACAAAAAAUAUUUAUACCUGGUGCUAGAACAUGUGUCUGGUGGAGAGCUCUUUGACUACCUGGUCAAGAAGGGGAGGCUGACCCCCAAAGAGGCCCGGAAGUUCUUCCGCCAGAUCAUCUCUGCGCUGGACUUCUGCCACAGCCACUCCAUAUGCCACAGGGAUCUGAAACCAGAAAACCUUCUGCUGGACGAGAAGAAUAACAUCCGGAUCGCAGACUUCGGCAUGGCGUCGCUGCAGGUUGGCGACAGCCUGCUGGAGACCAGCUGCGGGUCGCCCCACUAUGCCUGUCCGGAGGUGAUCCGGGGGGAGAAAUACGACGGCCGCAAGGCAGACGUGUGGAGCUGCGGCGUGAUUCUGUUCGCGCUGCUGGUGGGGGCGCUGCCAUUCGACGACGACAACCUGCGGCAGCUGCUGGAGAAGGUGAAGCGCGGCGUCUUCCACAUGCCGCACUUCAUCCCGCCCGACUGCCAGAGCCUGCUGCGCGGCAUGAUCGAGGUGGACGCGGCGCGGCGCCUCACGCUAGAGCACAUUCAGAAACACAUAUGGUAUAUAGGAGGCAAGAACGAGCCGGAGCCGGAGCAGCCUGUCCCUCGCAAGGUGCAGAUCCGCUCCCUGCCCAGCCUGGAGGACAUCGACCCCGACGUGCUGGACAGCAUGCACUCGCUCGGCUGCUUUCGGGACCGCAACAAGCUGCUGCAGGACCUGCUGUCCGAGGAGGAGAAUCAGGAGAAGAUGAUCUACUUCCUCCUCCUGGACCGGAAGGAGAGGUACCCGAGCCACGAGGAUGAGGACCUGCCGCCCAGGAACGAGAUAGACCCGCCCCGGAAGCGUGUGGACUCCCCGAUGCUCAACCGGCACGGCAAGCGGCGGCCCGAGCGGAAGUCCAUGGAGGUGUUGAGCGUCACGGACGGCGGCUCCCCCGUGCCUGCACGGCGGGCCCUGGAGAUGGCCCAGCACGGCCAGAGUAAAGCAAUGUUCAGUAAAAGCCUGGAUAUCGCUGAAGCCCACCCCCAAUUCAGCAAAGAAGACAGGAUGGCCGGUGCCGGCGCCCAGGGGUCCAGGUCCAUCAGUGGUGCCUCCUCGGGCCUGUCCACCAGCCCGCUCAGCAGCCCCCGGGUGACCCCUCACCCCUCUCCGAGGGGCAGUCCCCUCCCUACCCCCAAGGGGACACCUGUGCACACGCCCAAGGAGAGCCCGGCCGGCACGCCCAACCCCACGCCGCCGUCCAGCCCCAGUGUGGGAGGGGUGCCCUGGAGGACGCGGCUCAACUCCAUCAAGAACAGCUUUCUGGGGUCGCCCCGCUUCCACCGCCGGAAACUGCAAGUUCCGACGCCCGAGGAGAUGUCCAACCUGACCCCGGAGUCGUCCCCAGAGCUCGCCAAGAAGUCCUGGUUCGGGAACUUCAUCAGCCUGGAGAAGGAGGAGCAGAUUUUCGUGGUCAUCAAGGACAAGCCGCUGAGCUCCAUCAAAGCCGACAUCGUCCACGCCUUCCUGUCGAUCCCCAGCCUCAGCCACAGCGUCAUCUCCCAGACGAGCUUCCGGGCCGAGUACAAGGCGACGGGGGGCCCGGCUGUGUUUCAGAAGCCGGUCAAGUUCCAGGUGGACAUCACGUACACGGAGGGCGGGGCCGCGCAGAAGGAGAAUGGCAUCUACUCGGUCACAUUCACGCUCCUGUCCGGCCCGAGCCGCCGCUUCAAGAGGGUCGUGGAGACCAUUCAGGCCCAGCUGCUGAGCACACACGAGCAGCCCUCUGCCCAGCACUUGUCAGACACCACUAACUGUAUGGAAAUGAUGACGGGGAGGCUUUCCAAAUGUGGCAGCCCAUUGAGUAACUUCUUUGACGUAAUUAAACAACUUUUUUCAGACGAGAAGAACGGGCAGGCGGCCCAGGCCCCCAGCACGCCCGCCAAGCGGAGUGCCCACGGCCCACUUGGGGACUCCGCGGCCGCUGGCCCCGGCCCUGGAGGGGACGCCGAGUACCCAGCGGGCAAGGACACGGCCAGGAUGGGGCUGCCCGCCGCCCGCCGGGAGCAGCCUUAGACAGACACAUAGCCCCCUCCCCUCGUGCGGCCCGCUGCCCGCCCGCCCGCCCGGGGUGGACCCAGGGCCACGCCCGUCUGUCCGUCUAGACUGUCGUGAAGCCGGGGAGGAAAGGAAAGGGGGCCCCGGGGUUCGCAGCCCAGGCUGGGCCGACCGGGCCCGCUCUCUCUUUCUCUUGCUCUCUCUCUCUGCCUGUCUCUGACAACGCCACUGUCUCCACUCUGAUACCAGGAAUUAUCCCGAAAAGUUAACAUGUCACCUCCACGAGGCCGCCCUCCGUGCUCUCCGCCGGACUCCGGCUGACCGAAGGCAGCUGCCGCAGACCCGCCCUCUCCUCCUGCCGCCCGCCCGCCCGCCUGCCCGCGCGG